AUGGUGGUCGGCGUAGAUGCCGCUAGGGCAAAAAUUCCCGCCGACCCGACCAUCCCCCUACCGCCAGGGACGAAAGGGGCUCCCAAACCCGAGCCGGACCGGUACUCGCCGCGUUCGGUCACGGAGCAGCCGCCUCCAAUUGGACCAUUUCCAGAAAACGACUACAUAUAUAUGACCGUAGAGGACUUGUUGGCAGCCGACGAGAACGAUGACGCCUUCCUGCAAAACAUUCCGCGCGACGAUUUUGCGGAAGCCGCCUUCGACAUCAACAAAGAGCUCGCCAAGAAGAACAAAUUGCUGAGGAUGAUGUGGGGUUUCCGGCAUCUGGACACGCUGGAGGCGAGAACGACCCGGAUUCAGUACCUGCGGGCGCUGCUCGACUUCAGGAGAUGGUGCUGCGCGAACCUUCCAAGACAGCAAACCGCCAGAGUCAAGGGGGACGGCGUGCUGGAACACGAGGACGAGAUAGGGAGGUACAUCGACGAAGACAUGGGUGAUAAGUGGCACACCGCCAAGGGCGACCUACAAUGGAUGCACGGUCCCCGCGUCAACGCCACGCGGAUCAGGGCGUACAUUCUGUCAAUCGCGAGGCAGGAAGGUAUUGCAAAGGCCGAGGAGCUCGAGGAGCUGAAUCCCGACGUCCGUGUCCAGCCCCUGAAGCCGACAACCGUUUCGAUGCUGCUCAUCCGCAUCAAAGCGCUCCAGACGGCCUGCAAGGUCGAGGGGACGCUCUUCGGGGUGAAGGAGCUCCACAUCAUGUACGACAUCUCCGAGGUCCGCUCGGAGGUGCGCGCGAUGGUCAGAGAGAAGUGGCACAGGGACGACAGGGAUUGCGUCGACCGGCACCGCGGAACGCUCGGCGACACGUACACCACCGACCAGAUCCGCCACCUCAUGUUCAAGGUCUUGCCAACCUGGGCAGCUCGGGCGUACGAACCCAAGGCAGCCACCCCCUCCCAGACACUGUGGAAGUUUCUGCUGAUGAAGACGAUGACCCUCUUGGGUCACCACACCCUUCUCCGCGGAGGCAGUCUCCGAGCGAUCGAGCUCCCCGACCUGUUUUUGUACAGAAUGGGGAACGCGUCGCCCGAGCACUCCACGCGACGGCCGAAUGUCAUGGUCGUCGCGUCACGAAACUCCAAGACGAACAAGAAUGCUCGUCUGCAUCACAGCUACGCGGCGAGACACUUGGAGCAAGAGAUGUGCGCCGUCGGUCACACACUGUUGUGGCUGCACUUCGUGUACGACCAGCUGAGCCGCUCGCCCACCUCUCGAUGUGUGCCGCCCCUCGACUUCACAACUCCGUACAGCUGGUAUCACAAGCACCUCUUUCAUGCUCGGAACGACAAGGCACAAAAAGAGCUGCCGGCUUCAUCACAUUCUCGGAUCACGAAAGAGAUGUGGCGGACGAACAAGAUCUUCAUCACGCGCAACACCCACGCCGCCCGGGCGGGUGGGGCACAGGAGCUGGCCGACGACGGCGUUCCGCGAUCUGACAUCGCCGACUUGGGCCAAUGGGCGCUCGACAAGCUCGCGAAGAGCUACAUCACGACCAUCCCGAAGGCGGCGGUGUUGAGAAAGGACGGCUACACGGGCAAGCGCGGCGACUACCACCUCGGCCGGAGCAUGGUGAAGCCCGACGACAAGGUGGUGGCCCUCAUCGCCCAGCACAUCUUUCCGUGGGCGGAAGCGGAACUGGCCAAGGUGAGCAUUUCGGACGGCAAAAACGCCGACAGCCCGCCGACCAUUUCCACGACGACAUUCUACCGACGGCUGAUUGUGUUUGUGUUUGUGUUCGACUCGCAGGCGGUAAGGUGCGCAUCCGCGAGAGAGCCCAAUACGGCCGGGGUGCACUUCCUGCAAUCGCUCAUCGAGUUCGGCCGCCGAAUCGUUGCCGAGGAUCUUGCGUGCAUGCUGAUGCGCGAACCGUGGCACCCGUACGUCCAGAGUUCCAAGCUCUGCCGCGACCCCGACUUCCAGAAAUGGGCCAAGGACGUCAACCGGGUGGACCUCGAAACCAUCGCGACGCGCAGUACUCCGAGCGAGAACCCCCAAGAGGUACGGCGUGCGCGUUUCGGCGACCUGUAA